UUAAGGGAUUUUUGCCGAUAAGGAACAAAAAAAGCAUAUCUUUGUCCCCUUACAAUAAAAAACCCAAACUUUGUCCCUUUAGAACAAAAAAAAAUGAAAAACCUGUUUUGUCCUUUUUAAUAAAAUAGGUUAAUAGUAAGAAGUAAAAAACAAACGGAUUCAGUGAAAAAUUGCUUCACUUUCUUUGUCUCCGACUCCCGUUUCAUAAGGAACAAAAGGCGAUUCCGCCGUCGACUCUCUCUUUAUUUUAUCCGUUCAAGUUCGUCGGAGACGACGAUAUCGUCGUCACAUCUCUCCUUCGUCCUCCUUCUGUCGUCUUUACUCUUUUUGAAUCAUCGAUUACAGAGAAUUGAAGGUUAGGGUUUGGAAAUCCCCUUUCUGAUUUUUUUCCGUUUUUGUUUACGUGCAUGUAGUAUAAAGAGCAUGAAUUGUUUAAAAAUACAAAUCGAAUCGCAUUUUGAUUUUCGUUUGUGGGUUGAGUUGAUUGUGAGGUCAUCGUAGUUCUUGUUCUAUACGAUUCUGAGUUAUAUUUUGUUUGGUAUUGAAUUUGCUUUGUGUUUUGAAUUCGUAAUGGACUUAAAAGGCUAAUGAGUUGAUGUUUUUGAUUUCAUGUUUUAUAGGAAUGGAUUACCAGUUUCCAAAACGCUUUAUUGAAGAAGGAGCUGAGACCAAGAUUGAUAAGAUUAACAACACCUGUAGGCGCACGAUUCUGGGGACGCUGAAGGUGGUUCUCAGGGAUGAGUAUCAAGAAGUUUUGAAAGACCCUGUCUUCGGUCCGAUUCUGGCAAUCGUAGAGAACAAGCUUAUUUACUCAGGAAAGGUUAUUCACAGUUUCAUAUGCAAGCAGCUCAAGGUUUCCAAGCUUCACGAGUUGUGGUUUCUAUUUGCAAAGAGGCCUCUCAGGUUUUCUAUGCAAGAGUUUUAUGCUGUGACUGGAUUGAAGUUCAAAGAAGAACCCGACGUAGACUUCAAUAACUGGAAGAGUGAUAAGGGGUUCUGGAGCACGGUGCUGAAGGAAAAUAAGAAGAUCAACUUAUUGGUUAUAAGGGAUGAGCUCCUUAAAGUCUGUAAGGAGUGGACGUAUGUGGACAGGGUGCGACUAGUGUAUCUGUGUAUAAUACAUGGAUUCGUCAUUGCGAAGGAUUUGAGAGUGUUUAUCCCUCACGAGUUCAUCCGUUUGGUGAUGGAUUUUGAGAAAAUGAGGAUGUAUCGUUGGGGUCUUCGCGCCUAUGAUGAGCUGCUUGCAUCAAUAUUCAAAGCAAGGGAAGAUGUGCAUCUGAAGAACAGCUAUGUAUUGGAUGGAUUCUCAUAUGCGUUUCAGAUAUGGAUUAUGGAGGCAAUCCCAGACAUCGGUUCUAUGGUGGGUAAAAAGAUCAAAAACAACUUGACGAAAGUGAGAUGUAGGAAUUGGAAAGGAAGUGGAAAAGUAUCAUAUCAAGAUAUCACCAGCCUAGAGUCCAACUUUGAUAAGGGAGAGCUGUUCCCGUUUAUAUCAUCUACUGGGAGCUUGGAUGCAACUGAUAAUGCUGAGUUCUUUAGGGAAGAUGAGAAGAAUGACGAAAGAGUCAAUCGCAUUGUUGCUCUGAUCAGUGCCAAACAAGACUGGAAGCAAUUCACUUGGGAAGUUGAGACUCUGCCUCCAAAUAUGGAGUUAUCUGACGCAGAAGAGGAUGUCGAAGUUGAAAAUGUCACAGAAACACCUGUGGAGGAACCGGCUGUUGUUGAAGAGGAACCAGCUGUUGUUACAAAAAGGGGGAAGCGUAAGCUAAUUGAUCCUGGUGUCGAGUCUCGAAAGAAACAACUUCUUUGUCAAAGAGCGGCUGAACAUAACAGUGUUGUCUCCGGUGAUAUGAAGACCUUCAUUGAAGGUUUGUUCAACUCUUCUUUCAAUUCUUUUAAGGAGCUGCUGCAGAAGGACAUACAAGAGCGUUUUGACAAGGUCGACAAUGAGAUGGCUCAACUGAAGGCAACAGUGUCGCAGAUUACGGGUCCUUCAGUUGCAGUGGGACGAGACAUAGCAUCUGAGAUUCUCUGUCCUUCUGCAACACUUGGGAAAGAGCAAGAGAAAUCAUCACAGAGUCCGGGUCCUUCAGGAGCAAAGGGAAAAGGCAAAGGCAAGGCAUCUGUGAGUGUUGAUCCUCCUCCGCUUCGUCGUAGCCCUCGGCCAGUAAGAAAGGUAACCAAAACAUGAAGCUUUGAAUUAUGUAGGACGAAACAUCUUCCGUUGUAAGUGUUUAUGUGGUUUGACUAUUUUGUAAUGUCCUUGUAUUGUGCUAUGUUGCAUAUCGGCUUGUAAUGUAUCUUUUUGUUUGCUAUGAAGUGAACUGAUAACUUUGACAUGUUAGCUUGGCUAUUUUGUAAUGUUUAGAACUUGGCUAUUCUCCACAGCAAUGGUUAGUGGCUUCGAAUGCUUAGAACUUAAAGUUCUACGUUUAAAAAACCAUCGAGUCAUCAUUUCCCUAAUGCUGUCCAACAAAGGUAUCACUGGAAACUCUCUAGGCGUACGCAAAGCUGCAUUUAUCGACUCCGCAGGGUUAGUAGUCCUAAUAUCAUAUCUGUAACCCGGAAACUGACAACGAGCCCACUUCCUCACAUCGGCAUCUAUGAGAUACUGUCCAAUUUCAGGACUAAUAGCGAAAAUAGCAGUGAAGACCUUACGAAAAUCAGCAGCUCGAUAAGCUUUAGAAGCCUUAGCAACCAAACCAGCCACACCUUUCCCGCUGAAAUAUGUUACAACAUUAUUCAGCAAGUGGUGAAUGCAAAUUCCAUGAUGAGCUUGCGGGUACACUCUCGCAAUAGCUUUAGCAAUUGAGGAAUUCCUAUCAGACACAAAAGCUAAACUAUGGUCGUCAGCAAUGACCAUAUUAAGUUGUCUCAUAAACCAGUUCCACGCGAGGUCAUUCUCUGAGUCGACAACUCCAAAGGCAAUAGGAUAUAAACUCGAGUUUCCAUCUAAUGCUGUAGCAACUAGUAAUACUCCUUUGUAUUUGCUCUUCAAAAAAGUCCCAUCCACCACAAUAACUUUUCUAAUUGCAGCAUAGAAACCGCGAACACUCUGACCAAACGAGAUGAAGAGGUAUUUGAAUCUCCCUUUUGUAUCCCUUUCAUAAAAUGUGUGUGACCCUGGAUUAGCUUCCUUCAUCAUAUGCAAGUAUUUAGGAAUUUUUUCAUAACCUUUCUCCGGAAUACCUUUAACUGCGUUGAUUGCAUAUUCACGUGCAUCCCACGCCAAAGAAUAGGAUAUCUCAACUCCAUAUACCAUACGCAUAUACUGGAUUAUAUCAUCCGAUCUCGGUCCUUCUUUAGCAGUUUCAUACUUAUGCAUGAUCAGAGUACCCACUGUUUUUGCUGAAACUGUCCUAACAGAACCCUUCCUAUUGGAGGCAGCACAUGAAUGAUCAGGUACAUACUUUUUGAUGAUAAAAUACGAUGAGCCUGUUAAACCCUCUGCACGAACACGCCAUGUGCAGUCAUCAUCUGAGCAACGAAUGUACCAUACUUUUUUAUCCGAUCUGACAACCACGUAGUCGAAAUUAUUUUUCAUUGCACAUAUUUCGAAUGCUGCCUUCAAAAGUGUUUUGGAAGUAAAAGAUUGACCCUUCUUCACAACAUCUACCAAAGAAAAGCGAACACCAUCUUCAUUGAUCUUUUCUUUGUCACACUUUUUGUCAUCUUCACUGUCAGGUACCUCAACAUCUUGUUCUGAAUCCAUAUCACUUGAAUCGUCAGACUCCAUAAGCGCUUCCUCUCUGUUAGGCGACUCACUACCUUCUUCCGCUAUGUUAGAGGCUUGAGUACUCACACACAACUGCGUCGAAGCUUUGUUCUUUACAUAUGUAAGAAAAUUUCGAACUUGUCUUUCACUGGUGAUGAUAACAGGGGGUGAGUAGAUGCUAUUGAUCAAAUCGGAAGGUAAAUAACUCAGCUCUAUAUUGACCAUGUUUACAUCAAUUCCAAAGUCUUCACACACCAUAGCCUUUAGGUUUUCAAAGCUUGAACUUGUGUCCAAAGUAAGUAACCUGCCUCCUUUUUCUUCAUCAACAAGAAAUCCCCAUCCAUUGUUCAUCGACGAUUUCCACAAACCACAUGAAGCAUAUAUGUUAAUCUUCAUAUUUUAGAAUGACAAAAGUUUGAAAGAACUAAAAAAUGAAGAAAACUUCCACGUUGAAUUUCAGAAAUCGUGGUAUGUUGAACAAGAAAACAAGAUUUUAGGAAAGACAAUUAAAAAAGGAAAUUCAAAACAUUUAAAAGAUUUUCUGAAUAUUUCCUAACCGUUUUUGGCUAGAUUUCCGGAUUUUGUAAUUUUAUUAGGUAGAAUUUGCAUUCUAUCUAUUUAGAAAUUAGAAGACCUGGUAGAAUACUGUAUACCACUGGUGUAGACAAAAAUACAAUCCGAAUAAUGCAUUUCCUACCUUAGUAGGUUAAUUAGUUUUUGUAGCGCAUCAAAUCUACCAGUUACGUAGAGCAUAGAGGGAAUGAGGAAUUUAUAUUCUUCUCCAGUAGUUGUUUAUGUUUUCGGUGUAUUGUGCAUGCUACGACUAGUAGAUCACUAUGUCUUUGUUAGAUUAUAUAUUCUAAACCUCCGUAGAUGGUAGAUCUGAUUUUCUAACCCCUUUACCCCAUUUUUGAAAUUAUUAUUCAAACAUUUUUUGAAUCCAAAUUUAUUUUUCUUAUAUGCAGUUGUUUAUCUACAUCUAAUAUACAAUUUUUUCAGAAUUUUUUGCCUUCUAAAAAAAUUAAU